AGUUGCUUUUGGUUGUCCGAGUUCUAUUGGGAGGGAUCGCCAUCUUCUACCGCCACAAUUCCCGUAAGAAACUUUCAGUAGGAGAUGCUCGACAAGCAAACGUGAAGCAGGUCAUACACACGUGAUGACCGAGUGUUGUUCUUCCCCUCCUUAAUACUUACCUUGUGCGCCGCUUGCCGCUGCGUCUUUGUCUUUGCUGGCUGACGUUCAAGCAUACAGGUAGAGACGCAUCUCUUCCCCCCCACCCCUUCAUAUUUGGAAGCAAGUUUCUAGUCGCUUUUACUUGAGGGUUGUCUGCGUGUAACGAGUCCAUUUAUUUAAAGUGGGCUGAGUUCUCCUGAACAGCAGAAGCGGCGGCGGUAUCUGUCGGUAUUUCUGGGUGUUGAGGAACUUUUUAUUCGGAGACUGGACGCAAAUCCAGGAAAGAAAAGCAGAUGUCUUGAAAAACAUGUCUGGAGAUGACUGGGCUUCCUAAGGCACUGAAACAUGAGCUGAAUUAACAAAUAAGGUUACAACACUACUGGAAAUCACCUUCAUAUCUAAACAUAUUUGAUGUGGGACAAGAAAGAAGAGACAUAGUCUUGCUAUUGAGUUAUUAGUUGCAUUAAGUACCUGUCUCAAAGAGAAUAUUGACCUCAGGGCAAAUGACUAAAUAACCAGUGGGGAAGCAAAACGCUUCUGUAUUGUUGUGAAGGAUUCUGUUUAGCCCUGAGAGGCACUUGAAUAAUGGCAGGCAACAUAGACCCACUUAUUCAUUCUGUCGAGCCACCACCUGUGCCACCAAAACCAAAGCCGCUACCUCCGCCCAAACCUCAUAUUAGGGUCAACAGGACAAGAAGAGCCACUGAAGUACUUUCAAAGGUCUCCAAGAUUGAACUAGAAGAAAAGAGGAUUGUGGAGAAUGGCCGAAAUGGUGAGAAAUGCAGAGAAAAUACCUUAAUGCGUCAUUUUUCUCUACCUGGUCAGUACAGAAAGAGCAGACUUCAGCUUUCUGUGGCUGGCAAGAGCUCUAUGUCAGAUUCCGCUGCCAAUGCCAUGGCAGACUCUAAUUUGGCUAAAGAUGAAAAUGUAGACUCUUUGGUAAAUGCACUGGUGAGACCGGGCCCAAGUCCAUGGAGAGCCACUGAAGUACUUUCAAAGGUCUCCAAGAUUGAACUAGAAGAAAAGAGGAUUGUGGAGAAUGGCCGAAAUGGUGAGAAAUGCAGAGAAAAUACCUUAAUGCGUCAUUUUUCUCUACCUGGUCAGUACAGAAAGAGCAGACUUCAGCUUUCUGUGGCUGGCAAGAGCUCUAUGUCAGAUUCCGCUGCCAAUGCCAUGGCAGACUCUAAUUUGGCUAAAGAUGAAAAUGUAGACUCUUUGGUAAAUGCACUGGUGAGACCGGGCCCAAGUCCAUGGACACGGUUGAUGGAAAAACCAGUGAGCAAGUUCAAUGAAGCUUCCCUCAAAGAAGAGAAUUCUUCACGUCCUUCCCACAUAGAACAGAAAACUUUAGCCACUAGGGACUCCAAUGAAGGAGGUGACAUCUGGAAGUACAGAGACCUUAAUUUAAAGGAAAGGGUGGUGGAGGUGAAUAGAGAACCAGAGUGCCCACCAUGUUGUCCUUGUGUUUGCCACUUCCAGAGGCACAACAGAAGUGACAAGGAGAGACAAGAGGCCAAACUUGAAGAAGAAGCAAACAAGUUUGAUUCUCUGUUGGAUAAUGCCAAUAUGGAAAACAGAAUAACACCCAAGUCACCUUUUAAUGAGAAAUAUCCCAAGGCUCUUGAGAGGCACAGCCAUGGAAACAAAAAUAUUUUAUUGGAUCUGGAAUAUUGGCAAAUGAAGCAACAAUUUGAGGGAGGUACAGAUACUCGUUCUGCUGAAGUUAGCCCAAGCCACCUUGGCAGACCAUUACCAAAAGAACCAGACUGGCCUCUUACUGCUGCAAAUCCAGCUAAAGAUAUCCCUGAUUGCUUGGAAGGGAUUUACAUGGAAAUAGAGGACAUGGGUGCAGACGGUGUGGCCUUCGUUCAGUCUGAAUUAAAUUCUGCACUACCAGCAAAAAGUAAAGAGACGGAACAAUUUAGAGAAGAUUACUCACCCAGCAACAUCUCAAAACCACUGAUCCCAGUUCCUCUGCUUGCUGCUAAACCCUUUCAUCAGGAUCCAUCAUAUGGAGUGAAUAGUAAGAAGCAAGAAAUAGCAAAGAAAGAAAACAAAGAGAAUGUCUACCAGAAAUCUGACUUGGACAGCACCACUCACAACAGUGUUUUAGUGGAACUAAAGGAGAGGUUUCCUGGGGUACAUUUAGAUCACCAGAAGACAAGUAACAAGGGUAAGAAGUUUACUGGAAUCAAUAAAAAAGUGAGCAGGAAGUUAUCACUCCUCACCUGUGAAAGUCUUGCAAGUUUUAUAGGUGGAAAGCGUUCGCCAACAGAUGAUGUUAUUUUGACUUCACCGUCUCGGAACAAGAAAACAAAAUCUCCUGUAGGGUUUAUGAAAGAUGGUCUUUUCUUGGAUUCUGGAAAGGAUGAAUGCAGUAACACCAAGACCAUGACCCACUUGUCCAUUAGAGAAGACAAUACAAGAAAUGAUAUCUUUAUGGCAUCACCUGUUCAAAAAAAGAAAGACCGUCAUCAGUGUGUUGAGGCAGAAGAUCUAACAUGCCAGCCACACCAAAUAUUACAUUUGGAGGAAGAACUGAAAGACAGUCAAUGCUCAAACAGCAGUGUUGUAGAAAUAUCCGAGUUAAGCUUGAGUUCUAAAUGGAUAAAGGAAAAAAAAAACCUACCUAAGACAGAGAGAGUAAUUGUUGGUACCAUCAAUGACUGCUGUCCAAGUGAAGGAAAUGGAGAUGAUGAUGACGACGAUUUAUCUCCAAACUUUGUAAUCCGGAGGCAACCUGGCAAGAAGAGGCCUCUUCAGCAGUAUUGGCAGAAUCGAAGUGUGGUCCAGGACAGUGGUGUUCUAGAUCAUCUGGACAAACAAAAACUUCUACUACAGGAGAGCAUGUAUGAAGUAGUAACCUCUGAGCAGUCAUACCUUGACAGCCUUACAGUGGCUGUGGAUCACUUCAUGCAUUCGCCAGACCUUGACACUGCCCUUGGGCCCAGGGACAGAAAAUCACUUUUCUCCAGUAUCGGCAAGAUCAAGGAAAUCAGCUCUUUGUUUCUGGAGGACCUAAAGGAAAAACUGGAAGGAAAUUUGUUCUGUGACAUCUGUGAUGUCAUUUUGCAUCAUGCUAGGAAUAACUUUUCUGCCUAUGUUGACUAUAUUCGGAAUAUGCUCUACCAAGAGCAGACACUGCAUAACCUAAGUAAAGAGAAUCCUCAGUUUGUGGAGAUACUCUCUCACCUCCAGCAGGACCCAAAGUGUAAUCGUCUGCCACUAAAGUCGUUUUUGGUUUUACCAUUCCAAAGAAUCACCCGUAUAAAAAUACUGGUGGAGGCAAUUCUGAAAAGAAUGGAUCCAGGUAGUGAAGGAGGAAUAUCAGCAGAAAAGGCUCUUAAAGAGAUUUCUAAGAUUGUUGAAGACUGCAACAGAGAAGUUGGAAGAAUGAAGCAGAUGGAAGAACUUGUUCAUAUUGCUAACAAGAUAGAAUUUGCAUGCAAGGGGCUACCUCUGGUCUCAUCGUCUCGUUGGCUGGUCAAGCAGGGUGAAGUGAUUGAACGUACAGACAAAGAAAAUAUUUUUGGACAGAAGAAGAACUCUCCUGUCUAUUUGUUUCUCUUUAAUGACUUAUUGCUAGUCACCAUUCGCAAAGGUGUGGACCGUUUUGUGGUUCUUGAUCAUGCCCAUAGGUCUCUCAUUGAAAUCAGUGAUAGUGCAGAGGAUGAUUUAAAUACAGACAAGGAGAACACCUUUCUGCUUGUGUUGUUGAAAAACCAUCGCAAUGUGACCUCCCAACGUCUGCUGAAAGCUGGCACUGAAGUUGAGAAGAAUAAUUGGAUUGAGGCUUUGAGCCCCAGAAAGAGUGACGGAAUUGAGGUGUACGAAGAGUGGGACUGUCCACAGGUUCAGUGCACAGUUGCCUAUGCAGCCCAGCAGCCUGGAGAACUGAGUUUAGACCCUGAUGACAUUCUCAAUGUAAUUCAGAAAACAUCUGAUGGUUGGUUGGAAGGCAGAAGGUUAGUGGAUGGGGAGAGAGGCUGGUUCCCUCACAGCUAUGUCAAGGAAAUCACCAAUGAGCAUGUGCAGCGGAGACAUCUAAGGCAGCGUUACCAUGUUCUACAAACUGCAAGCAAACUGCUGAAUCUACGUAACAGCUCACGGGAGCGUUUUGUUUCUACCAGUUUUAAAUAAAACUUCAUGACAGUAAUACUCAA